CUCUCUCUCUCUUUCUAAAUCUCUCUCUGUUGGUCUCUGUCCGCAAGAUGAGCGCUACGCUCCCAAGCCUCUUGGCCUCGCUGGCCGUGUUGCUCCUGGGAAGGAUGGACCGCCUCGCCGACGCCUGCAGUUGCUCCCCGGUGCAUCCGCAACAAGCGUUUUGCAAUGCAGAUUGAUCAGAGCAAAGGCUGUCUCUGAAAAAGAGGUGGACUCCGGUAAUGACAUCUAUGGAAACCCCAUCAAACGCAUCCAGUAUGAAAUCAAGCAGAUAAAGAUGUUUAAAGGGCCCGACCAGGACAUUGAAUUCAUCUACACAGCUCCUUCUUCGGCUGUCUGUGGAGUGACGCUGGAUGUUACUGGCAAGAAAGAGUAUCUCAUUGCAGGGAAAUCUGAAGGCAACGGCAAGAUGCACAUCACACUGUGUGACUUCAUCAUUCCUUGGGACUCCCUCAGUGCUACCCAGAAGAAGAGUCUAAACCAGCGGUACCAAAUGGGCUGUGAAUGCAAGAUCUCCCGAUGCCCUUCCAUCCCCUGCUAUGUCUCUGCUCAGGAUGAGUGCCUGUGGACUGACUGGGUGACAGAGAAGAACAUCAAUGGGCGGCAGGCAAAGCACUUUGCCUGCAUCAAGCGGAGCGAUGGUUCGUGCGCGUGGUACCGUGGAGUGGCCCCACCCAAGAAAGAGUUUCUUGACAUUGAGGACCCUUGAGUCCCCAAAGCCAUGGCAGUCCAGUAGCCAAUAGCAACAAAGCCGGCAAGAUAUUAGACUGGUCCACCUUUGACAUCACUUCCUGGAAACAGCAUGAAAAUAAGGUCUACUGGGCGGGCACAACAGUGGUGGAGGGAAGGGCUAAGGAAAGGGAUGUCUAGGCCACUCAUAUAUUGCUUAAUCUGUUUCUUCUCCUGUGUUAAGCGCCAAGGGGUGGUUUCUUAUCUUUGGAAUUACGUAUGCCAAUAUGCCAAGGCACAGUGGAGGGAACCAGAGUGUACAAUAUGAGUGGCCAAAAGGUGUUGCCUCUGAUUCUGUGUAGCAGGCCUACCAGGUUCUUAUUGCCUUGAGAGGGUGCAUCCCUUGUUGAGGGGAUAUCUCCUGCUCCCUCUGUUCCCUCACCCCCCUGGCUUCUGCCUGUGUAAAAACCCACCUUUUCCUCCAUAUGCAUUACAAAAUUAAAUCCUCAGUGCUUUGAAGUCGUUCCUUUCUCUUUGCCCCAUUUGUACAUGUAUGGUACAAGUAUGUCCCAUAAAAACAGCAGCAACACCACACACACACAAAACAAAACAAAACAAAACACACAAACAAACAAAGGAAAAUUGUGGCUUUGCCACAAGUCAUAAUAUCCUCUUCCUCAGGUGAUGAAAUUUACAUUCCUUUACCAGUGUCAAAGCACCCUGUCAAGAAUAAGCCACCAGGGGGCAGAGGGACAACCUCUGCUUUCAGAGGCAAUGUUUUUGGGGCUAAUGGGGUGGUGGUGUCACAAAAUCAUUUAAAUGGUUAAUAAGCCCUCCCUAUGUGUGCAUAAGAGAUGCGUGCAGAUUCUGGCUCUGUGUUCUCAGCUAUUACAUAGCUCAGCAAAGGAACAUUUGUCAGGGGAUCUGGGUUAGUCCACCAAGCCUCCUGCUUGAAUCAUAUGUAUGCAUCACCUUCUUCCUAUUGCAUGCUUCUGCCAUUGAUGAAAAUCUGGUGCCAAAACCACGGGAAGACUUGCUGUUCCCACUAAGCGUUCAGUAUUGCGUGGACCAAAGGAGUCCUCCUCUUUGAAAUUCCUUGCAGUGCAGAGUAAUGAUUUUUAGCAUGGCCAAGAUGGCUCCAAGUCCUGCGCUAUAUUGAAAUUUGACGCUUGUGGCAAGCAAGAGUUCUCCAGAAGGCAAGAGUUUUGUGUCUCCCCUCCCAAAUAUGUGACCGCAAGAGCCGGUGUCAAGGUAUACCCCUUAUAAACUGUGAGUAUGAAUGCUCCUUUGGAGUAAUAAACCAGACCUUGGCUGCCUGCAAAAGGAUCCUAUCACUCAUCUCUGCCUUCAGCCCCCUUUCGCUUCUGAGCCAGUUCUCUUUCUUUGCUGUGCUCCCCACCCCCUGCCCCCCAAGCUCAGCUGCUUUCCCACCCCGCAAUACCUUAAAAUUGAUUUGGAGGGUGUCCGGAAGUUCCCCCAGCCAGACCUGCCCCCUGCGGCCUUUUCAUGCUGUUCAUCAAGGUCAAGUUUUAAAGAUGUCAUAUUGGACCAGUCUGUUUGAUUUCAAUAUAUUUUAAAAAAAAGAAAAAGGAAAAAAAAAUCUGUUCAGUCCAAUAUAAGACUCCUGUUUUGCUUCCUGUAUGGUUAUAUCCUAUGUGACAUUUACCUCUCUCUCUCUCUCUUUUCCUCUCACUGCUGAUCCUGUCCUUGAUUUUAAUGUUUUCCAUUUGUUUUGGCAAUCAGUUGUAUCAUUCCACCAUUAUGUUUUUUUAUUUUUAUUUUUAUUUUUAAAAAUCCUUGUUAGCUGUUAGAUUUGCACUUAUUAUUUUUAAAGGGGUUCUGCAUUGGAGGGAAGAAUUGUCAAAAUGUACGGAGGGUGGAGUCCCUCCCAUUAUUUCUGAGUGCCAGUGGGAGCAGGUGUGGGUGUGGGUGUUAGCAUUCCUUCUUCUGUCUUCUUCCUGAUGCCUCUGCAGCAUGCACAGGUCUUCUCUAGAGGUCGGAGGCUGGCUGUGACACGUGACUGCUGCUUGCUAGACAAACUGCAGUUGCGUCACGACUGCCGUACCAAAACAUUAAGUUUGCCGUUCUAGUAGCAGCAUGGAAAGCAACCAUUCUGAAAGGACCUGUUUUGUGGGAAAGCAGUGUCAAAGGCUCUUCAAUCGGCUUAAUUUAUCGCUGUGGGUUUUAAUGCCACGUGGAAACUUCCCUGAUAAGAAAGAUAAGAUGCACAAACAGAAACAACCCAAUGCCCCCUCAUGUCAGCAACUCAAAAUAUUUAAAAAAAAGGUUUACAUUAUUUUCAAAUCUUUGCUUAGUAAGUAUGAAAAAAAGAAUAAGUAUCUAACUUGCUGCCAUAAUUUAAAGCUUAUUGGGGAGUGGGGCCAGGAUGAUGUUUGGUGGGUAGAGUAAUAUUGGGGGUGGGGGUGGGGGGGAAACUUUUUUGUUGUUGUUGUUGGAUUCUGAAAGCUGAGAUUUUCUUGUGCUGGGAACACAUGAAAAUUGUUGAAUAGACAAGCAGACUGUGCAUGUCUCUGAUGCUUUGUAUAAUUCAUACGUGGACAUUUGAAUCUUCGGACAAUAAACAGUAUUAUCAAAUAAA